AUGGCUCGCAAGAUCAUGGUGGCAUGUACAAUUGCGAGCCCAAAGAGCCUGCAAGCAAUGGUCGACGAGGACAUUGAGCUGGAGAAGCAUACCAAAAACACGAGCGGUGGCCACAGUCCACAACAGCACCGCGACAACAACGACGACAACAACAACACCAUCACCCACGCCAUCAUGCUCCGCCGCCCGCCCACAACCCUCGCCAUCACGGCCGAGGACGUCGCCGCCUACGAGGACCGUCGCGCCAGCGAAGCCCUGCAGGCCCGCCAGCAACAGCAGCAGCAACAACAGCAGCAGCAACAGCAACAAGCGGCUCACGCGCAGCAGCACGUCCAGCAGGAUCUGACCCCCGGACAGGCCGCCCGGCGCGCCCGCGAGGAGCGCCUCGGCGUGACGCGCAGGCCCGGCGCCGGCGGUGGUAGUGGUCGGUGA